UGAAACAUUAAGGACUUGAACUUCCACCAAAAAAACUCAAAAAUAAAGGGCGACACGGAGCCCAGACCCAGGCCCCAAAACAAAAACACGGCUCCGACAAUCGGACCUUUCUCUUGUGCAAACUCUUGGUUUUGGCAUAUGGUAUGGCUGAGAUUGUAGAGGAAGAGGAGCUGAUACCGAUACCGAUACCAAUCAAUCACAGAAACAAUGUUGGGAUCGUUGUACGGACCAUUGGCCCAGCUCCCCCUUCUCGUCUUCAGCUCCCCUCUUCUAUCAGAGUGCUUGACUUGAGAAAAUUGAUAGCUGAAAAGUAUCAGUUACCAUUAGAGAAGUUGAGGCUUAUUAUGCGAGGCAAUGUGUUGCAUGACAGCAAAAGUGGGCAAGAUGUGAAUCUCCAACUCAAGGAUGGCGAUUCUCUUAUCGUUGCUGUCAAACCAAAGCCACCUUCUAAGCAUCUUCGGGAUGGACUUGACGAGGACGACGACGAAGAUGAUCUGAAGUUUCAGCUUCCCCAAUCAUCAAGCCGGUGGAAGAGGAGAGUAUAUGCUGUUCUACAUGAUAAGUUGAAGCUUCCUGAUAUCCUUUUGAUGGCCAUUUUCUCUCUCAGUUUGAAGAUGUGGGUAAUUAUCAUUCUGUGGUUUAUAUUGGCACCUGUGGCCCACAGAUGGGAUCUUGGCCCUUUAUAUAUACUUGGCACCGGUUUUGGUAUCAUUCUUCUGAAUCUAGGACAGCGGAAGCCUGGCGAUGUCAGUGCAUAUUCGAUUUUCAAUGAAGAUUUUAGAGAGCUUCCAGGGACCCUUAAUGCAGAACGUCUUGAUGGGGACAUACGAACAGGGCAGAUUUGAGCGUGGUAUAGACCAUUUGGAAUCUCAUCUAAGAUCGCCCCAUGUUGUCCACCUGCAGUAUUGAAGUUUAUACAUCGAACCAGGAAAUAUGUGCAAUUAUGUUCUUUUUAUGCUUUGUAUGGUUUCUGAGUAGAUUGUAAGGUUAGAAGUCUCUGUUUACUUAACUCCCCUGAUAAACUAAAAGCAGCAAUAACAUUGUCUGUAUAUACAAUUUCAAAGUGAAAUAUCUUCUGUAAAUGACUGAAGGGGUUGAACCCAAUUUUGGAAAUAGCAUUUAGCUUUCAUAGACCUCUCAGAA